AUGCCAGUUGGCCAUGUUGGAAUGAGGGGGAUUUGGGAGGAGCACCCUCAAAUGUCUAAGUCUUGCCAAGAGGCCCGGGGUCUGGAGUUGCUGAGGCUUCCUUGGUUCCAGGUUCUUCUCCUCCCUGGAGGCCGAGGGCUGGGAGACAAGGGCCCCAGCCCAGCCCUUCAGGGGACACCUCCUGGUCCUCGCCAUGUGUCCACAGGCCUGAUAACAGUUCUUGCACAUUAUCUGUGGGUCGAAGAGGACAGUGGAAGCACAAGCGGCCACGUUCCAUCUCUCGCGAGAGCCCACGUUCCCGAGCGGCAGGAAGGUGGAAUUUUUCCAGCCAAUAGGAGCGAGCCACGCCCUGCGAGGGCGCCUAUAAAAGGCAGGUGCCAGGGGGCAGUCUGCACUUGGAAGACCUGGCAGUGCAGGGUGAAGGCCGUCCCCGGGGGCUUUCAGAUAGACUCUGGAACUGAAGGCUCAGAGCCCCGCAGCUCAUCCGUGCGACACCCCACUGACCGGCCGCCCUGCCACCAGAACUCGUUCCCAGAAAGCGGCUCAGAUGUGGAGGAGAAAGCACUGGAAGGGAAAGAGGAGACGUUACUGUCGCCGUUGAGAGAGAGCCGCACCCAAAGGCGAGGGUCAGAGCCCAAGACAGGGGAGGAGGAUCCCAGGGAAAGCGAGCCCAAAAGGGACAGCUGCAUUUCCGGAUCAGAAUCGGAAGGCUGCUCCAGUUGGGAGGGCUCCGGCAAGAGGAAAGUCACUUCCAGCGACAGCACCUGCCCCCCAGCAGCAGGGGCCUCUCCAGCAGGUGAGCGCAGUGUGACUCCGGGAAAGAGGAAGCGGACGACGCCGGACUCGGGCCAGGGCAGCGAGAGCGAGGAGACCGCGGGUGCCGCCCAGCGCAGGAGACGCGGGGCGCGGGGCGCCGGGCGCGGCCGUCGGAGCAGGUGCAGGUCCCCGAGAGACCGGCCGCCCCCACUUCGGAAGAGGCUGGUGACCGCCGUGCGCGCCCUGUCUGAGGCCGUCCGUCAGGACGUGGCUGGGGCGUGGGAGCAGCGGGAGCGUUCCCCGCUGACCUGGGAGCAGCGCUCGGGGCUCGGGCGGCUCUGGGCGCCUCUGUGCGCGGCCUUGCAGACCGUCUACACCAUGGCCAACCAGGCGGCCUACGUCUUCCCUGCAGAGAGCUGGCUCGUCCCAGCCCCGCCGCCGGGCCCCCGGGCUCCAGCUGGGGAUACAGGAGAAGCCCGGGGCUCCCCCCGCGAGGGACACGGGGCCUCCCCUCCCGGGGUCGGGAGCGAGGCCGCCCGCGCUCGGGAAGGCACCCGCGCUGCCGCAGAGCUGCGCGCGCAGCCGCGGGGGUGAGACCAAGGCCCUGCUACCGCCCACACUGCGGGUACCGCGCGUGUCAGACUUGGGGCGCUCGGAGCAAAGGCACUGCAAACACCGAGUGCGGAGCUGACGAGCUCGUGUCCGAUUUCGUGUUAGGCACUGUAGUGUGUUUUGAGGGUCUCUGGACGGCCCAGCAUUAUUUCAUGAUGAGAACAGGUAUCGGGGUGUAAUUCGUAUGUUGUUGCCAACGUCUCGCUAAGUAAACAUACUUCUCUCCUCCCCUUUGAUCCGAAAAGGCGCUAAGUCUUGGGUCCCCUGCCUCCAGUCUUGGAGGACUGAAGCCACAGGCCUGGGGGAGCAUCUAUGUGGAGGGAUGGUUGUACUGUUCAGUUUGGUGAAGUCACCAUGUCGGUUUGUCCUUCGCUUUUCAGUUACUUUAUAUGAAACCUGGUUCAAGAUACAUUAAUGUUAUUGACUGUAUGUGCUUAUUCUCACAGCUGGCUCAUAUGCCAAAUUUUAAAUUUUCUAUAUUGCAGAUUUCAAGUUAUCCUAUUUAUGAAAGGAUAUUAAAUCCAAGAUAGAUGAUGUCAUUUUAUAUAUAUUUUAUGUACUUUCCAAUUUGUAUUUUACACUGGAAUCAUGUAGUCUUUCAUGUAUAAAUGUGCAGAAUUUUAUGUAAGCAAAAUAAACCUUUUUCCGUAUUGUCUUGUCCUUUGGUUCCUAAUUUCUACAUAACAGCGAUAAAAUAAAAAUGCUGCUCAUGGAUUGUAGGUCUUAGAUAAUUUCAUAUUUAUCUAGAUGGAGUUUGUUUCAUGGCAAGUGAGGGUUAGGAAGGACGCUGUUUUCUUUUCACCUCUACUGCAUUUCCACCUUGACUUUCCUACACCUAGCAGCUCUUAUUGUAGGACGGGGAUAGCAGUCAAUUAUCCCACUGAAUGGGGCAAUUCAAUUAUAAUAUAAAUCAGUUUGAACCCAUGCCCUGGCUUCUAAUUAUACAAAGCAAGUGCCUGCAUGUGUACAAAAAGUUACAAUUGGCAAGUUACAUUUGGGGAUUGGAGGUGCAAUUACCAAAGGAUGAAAAAUAAAAUUUUAAAAUAAUAAAAUAAUACAACAAAAUAAAAUAAAAAACAGAACACCUGGGAAUAAAUCCAAUAAAAAUGUAUCAAGUGUAUAUGAGAAACCAUAUAAGAUUUCAGAAACAUAUGAAAGUAGACAUAAACAAAUAUAAAAUCACAUCAUUGUUCUUAGAUAGAAAAACUCUUCAUAUUAUCAAACAUCAAUUGUCCCUAAGCUAAUUUAUAAAUUUAAUUUGUUUCUGAAACAGAUGGUUCCAGUUCCUUAUUGAAUCCAAGCAUGUUAUUACAAAAAAAAAAAAUCCCUACAGCUGAAAAUACAAAUAAAAAUAUGCAAGAAAACUCUGAAAAGGAAAAAAAGAUGAGGGUAAACUUUUAGUUAAGCAAGAGCUCCAGAGAUCUGUACAACAUCGCACAUAUAGUCAUCAAUGUAUUUGUACACUUAAAAAUCCAUUAAAAGUGGGGCAAGUGGACAUGCACCCCAACG